CAAACACCUGAAAAAGACAUUGCUGAGUCCUAGAACAUUCCACUCCGACGCCAUUAAAAUUCAGUUUCUUCCAUCCAUUUAUCAAUCAAUCAAUCUCUAAACUCAUUUCUUCUUCAACUAAUCAAGCCCAUUAGCUUCUCAAUCUUUGACUAACUUCGCUUACGAUCAAAUCUGUAAUGGAUGAACUGAAAGUGAAACCCGAGGAAUCACUUGUGGCCACCGCUACCGCGUCUUCUUCUUCUUUUUCUUCUUCCUCUUCAUCCGUUACUCCCCAGCCGAUUGAAGGCUUACACGACGUUGGUCCACCUCCAUUUCUGACCAAGACCUUUGAAAUGGUCGAAGAUCCAUUGACGGACUCUAUUGUUUCAUGGAGUAGAGCUCGUAAUAGUUUCAUCGUUUGGGAUUAUCACAAAUUCUCUAGUACCUUGCUGCCUCGUUACUUCAAACACUCCAACUUCUCUAGUUUCAUUCGUCAACUCAAUACUUAUGGUUUUCGUAAAGUCGAUCCUGAUCGAUGGGAGUUUGCGAAUGAGGGGUUUCUGGGAGGACAACGGAAUCUGCUAAGAACCAUAAAGAGGAGAAGACAUUCACAACAAAGCAUUCAGCACCAUGGAGGAACAUGUGUUGAAUUAGGGCAAUUUGGACUGGAAGCUGACCUUGAGAGGUUGAGAAGGGACAGAAGCACGUUAAUGGCGGAAUUAGUGAGAUUGAGGCAGCAACACCAGAGCUCAAGAGAUAAAAUAAUGACCAUGGAGGAUAGGUUAGAGAAAGCUGAGAGUAAACAGAAGCAGAUCAUGACAUUCCUCAGCAAAGCCCUCAAGAAUCCUUCAUUCAUUCAGAAAUUUAUUAAUAGUAAUCAGGGAAGGGAAUUGAGAGGUGUAGAAAUUGGAAGAAAAAGAAGACUAACUGCCAGCCCAAGUGUAGAGAAUCUCCUGGAUGAGAAUGUACCUGUAGCUCUUAAACAAGAAGAGCUAGAAACUUCUGAACCAGAUAUAGAGACGCUCUUAACAGUCAACUUUGAAGACGAGUCAAGCAUUGAGAUCGCGGACCCUGUUUCCGACUUGGGUCAUUCUGUCCACGAAGAAUCGGGGAUUUUCAGUCACCUUUGGGUUGAAGAUCUUGUGGCUGGACAUCCAGAAGAACCCACAAUCAUUGUUAAUCAAUCAGACAUUGAUGUGGAAGUGGAGGAUCUGAUUGCUGAACCCCUAGAUUGGACUGAGGACUUGCAGGAACUCGUUGAUCAAAUGGGGUUUCUCCGGUCAAAGCCAUAGAUAUAACAGUGUAGUUAAUAUGUUUGCCAUUUUGCUUCUCUUCGUGUGGAAUAGGUUUCAGCUGGCUCGUGUAGGAAGGAACCGUGGAUGUUGCAGGGGAGCCACAGAUUGUUCCUGUUUCCUUAUAUCCUUUGAAACUCAUUGGCUUUUUCAAUAUUAUGUACUUAAUAUUCUUGGUUGUGUUCAAUUGGUUUGUGGUUUUUUUUUUUGUUCAUCCAUGGUUUUAUUUGCAGGCAUGUUCAGAGAAAGGAAACCUGCGAGAAGAUUCAGUCAUAUUCUUAUUUCUUUACCAUUAACAAGAAGAUAAAAUCCGCACGGUUGUUUUCUCAAGAGAAAGGAAAUUAAUAUACCUAGAGGGCUCCGGAGGCACACAUUUGAGAUCUCUUGCAUUUAUUGCUUUGCUGGGAUUGAACACGCAGCCAAAAUAACAUGGGCCCCUGAACUAUAGAAUUGUUUUCCUUUUCCCUCGCAUUUAGGGGAUUGGUAAAUAAAAUAUUGGUUCUUUAUUCCAGGGAAGUCAAUGAUCCAGUGAAACAAGAUAUGUACUACUCGAAUCAUUCCAGGCAGAAAGAAGGAUGAGUUCCAUGUACAUGAAAAUGCGACAAAUCAGAGGUUUUGUUAGGGGCACAAGAGGCAGAAGCUUUAGAUGGGCGCUGUCAGACACACAGGCACCCUGGGGCUGGGGAUCCCCAUAUAUGAGAGCCUAGGAGACAUCCUGAUUUUUGGGCUCGGCCGUGGUGAAGGUAUUGGAAGCGAGCCUCCGAAGAAACCUGGUGACGGUCUUGGUGACAAGUUCACUUGCUCCAGUGCUCGUGCUUGCAACUCUGCUGGAUACUCCUUCACACACCCUAUUCUAGGGCCAACUCCACUGCUCCAUCUGCACAGCAAGCGCUUUGGUAUGUCUAUCAACGGUGCCUCUCUGCUGCUACCCUGAUCCUCUUGCCGCUCAUUAGUUGUGACCAACUUGACGGGUACUGCCAAAUCAACAUCAUCUGCAACCAUGUCUUCUGAAGUUGUUUCCGUUGUUUCCUCGCUCGUGUUGUUAAGUGAGUAGUUGUCAUCAUCUACCGAACAUCUCUGUAUAAUAACGCAGGAAUCCCCAUUGAGAAAAUUCAAGAAAACAAGUUGUGCAAUCUGAAAAGAAGCUGAUAUAGAAAACUACAUCCAUGUAGUUAUAUAUCUAAUUUCUUA